AUGGAUACGAUGGUUAGUCAUUGGUCUGGAGUAUACAUUACGGAUGUGCUCUCAACACAAUGGAAAUGAUUUCUUUUCAGGUCGUCAAGUUUGGAAUGAGCGAAAAGAUCGGACCACUCUCGUUCGAGACGCCAGCUCCAGGAGAAAUGGCCUUCGAUAAGCCGUACUCUGAAGCCACGGCUCAGCUGAUCGAUCAAGAAGUAAACUGUUUGAAAAUUGACGUGUUAUCUACCAGAAUCCGUUCCAGGUACGGGAUUUGGUGAUGAGUGCGCUGCGAAGAACGCGUGAUCUGCUGCUCGAAAAGCGAACGGACAUCGAAAAAGUUGCCUUGAGACUGCUCGAAAAGGAAAUUCUUUCUCGCGAAGAUCUGGUCGAACUGGUCGGAAAGAGGCCGUUCAUCGAGAAGAACACGUAUGAGGAGAUGGUCUCAGGCACGGGAGGACUCGACGAAAACGUGGAGUUGCCGAAGGGACUCGAGAAUUGGAACAAGGAAAGCGAGAAAAAGAAGGAGGAGUGA